AUGCGUUUACAUUUCUGGCGCAGUAAAUCUCGUAGAGUGCACAGGUGGUCCCGUGUGGGUUAUCGUGGCCUCCUGUUGGCUUGUGCAUCAUGCACAAUCCUCAUUAUGUUCCUAGUGCUGGAAUGCCUUUGCUCCGGCUUGAAGCUGCAGCGUGCUUCUUCUGGGACUGGUAGUGAUCACCGCCGACCCCAACACGCGCCGUCACCGCAAACAAACCCAGUGGAACUGGGAAACUCGGUGAGAAAAAUGGCGUAUGUCGUUGUUAUCAGCGGUGAGGCUUAUGUUGACGGUGCCCUUGUGGUGGGCUUCUCACUGACGAAGCACUCCAUUUACGCUGCGCGAGGGGCCGUGGAUCUCGUUCUGGUCGUACCGGAGGGUCGGAUUUCAAUGGAGAGUCGCGAGCGGCUUCGCUGUGCCGGGUGGAAUCACAUCAUUGAAGUCUUGGACUUGUCUGUUUACGCACCGAAAGCGAAUCUAAAAGACACACUUUCGAAGUUGCAUGUAUUCAACCUCACCUCGUACUCCCGAGUGGCGAUGUUUGACGGGGACAUGUUGCUGAUCCGCAACCCGGACAGAAUCUUCGACACCAAACUGCCCAAUAAGGAUCACGUGGGGGCCAUUGGAAGCCAUUCCGGAAGUUAUUUCCAGACGGGAGUUAUGCUUUUGAUACCAUCCCGUGAAGUGUUUCUCGUCUUGCUGCACAAGCUGAAAACUGAUCGGCGGCAGCAAGACCAUGGUAGCAGGGAUGGCCGCAUUAUUCGUGAUUAUUUUAAAUCACGGUACGUCAUGCUGGAUCGCUUUCUUGGCAUUCACAUCCACUCAGGCGACCCUCUUAUUGAUCGUGCCAUUGGACUGCACUACCGCGGUGGAUGGAAGCCGUGGUAUAACAGAGAAGAUCCCCCGAAUUUAGCGAUUUCUUCCACAGCAAAUGGACCCGGACAAGAAGUUGGAGCAGCGUAUCGCCUUUGGUGGGAGGCGUAUGAGAAGUUGCACGUCACGUGUAUGGCAAUACGAGAUGCGAUUGGGUCUCCAACUCGAGAUGCCAACGCUCCUGCGGGAUACGAUCCCACGGAAAGCAUGUGGCUUAUGCGGCACACAGCUCAGAGUUACGUGCAGUUGAUGGAGUGGAAAGAAGUGCUGCGACGUAAUGUGACAGUUGCCGGGCUGCGAGUGGUGGAAUCCGACGAAGGUGCCUCCUGCGACGAGGCGUGUGGCGCGGAUGGGUUGAAGUGCAUGGAAAAAGCAUUGAGCUUUCUUCGUGUCAACUCUCUGACGUCGUUGCGUAUUGUAUUUCUCUGCAACUACACAUCAUGGGAUAUUCCAAAGCCGUACCAGCCCUCUUUCAACGUUAGGACGCAGACCUGUCACCUCAACUCCUUAUAUGGAAAGCGAGAGAGGCCAACAUGCGCUGCGAAAGCUCUUUUGCAUCGUCGUUUGUGUGCAUGCAUCAUGGAAUCGGAGUAUCGUGAGAACCCCUUAUCUGUCCCCUCCACCUCGGAAGUCUCCUCGCAGCCACCGCUCGAAACAAAAACACGUUCCGGUGAGGAGCCGAAAAUGGCAAACACGAAUAAUGACACCGUUGCCUGCUCAAAUUGGUUUCCGCAGUCUAUGUAUGGAGCUGAGGCAGCGAUGCGCAGUAAGAAAUGUGCGUCAUUCCUUUCCCAGUGGGAUUCUGUAAAAGCAAUACCGCGCCAAAUUGAUGCCCGCACAAUCAAACUUUGCUUUAAAUAUAAAAAUGGGAUCAGUGCAAUCGUAAAAAUUGAGCAGUUGUCAUUUCCUCUUGAACCCCAUGCAGAGUAUGGCGCCUAUGUAACGUCACUACUGUUGGGGCUUGGCAUGGUGCCGCCCACGGAACUUCUCCGUGUGCCAAAAUCGAUCAUUCGCAAGGCGUUAAUGGCCGAAACGGAUGCGACUGAGCGGCGCUUUUUUCAGGACGAACUGCCAUGGAUUCGUGCCCCAAAUAAUUUGGACAUGUUAACUGUAAGUGUGCAGCUGUGGGUGCCGGAUGGCUUGGUUUCGUUUGGCAAUGCGGUGCCGCCCAUCACACGGCACACCUUUGACUUGUGGUUACAAAACAAACAACACAAUAAAACCGACUUUGCCACUGAUAAGGUGAUGUUUGAUGUUGCAACCAUGUUGUUUUUUGACUACAUCAUAGCCAACGAGGAUAGAAGUUUUACUCAUAAUGCCAAUGUGAUAGUAAAAGAGGGUACAACACAGCUUGUCCUCCUUGAUCACGGCAAGGGCCUUCAUAGUGAUUCAGCGGAGGUGCAACAAAAUCCUUAUUUUUCUUCAAGAAAUACGGUUGCUGGGGAAGCGGGGGCAAAGCCAACGCCCAUGUGUAAGCUACCAAAGUUUAUAUUGCGUCAGGCGUUGUGUCUUUCUGGGAAACGCUACAAGCCAUUUUUAUCCCUCUUGCCGCAUGGUGGUGCGGAUGGGGAUGAUAAAAUAUCCAACAGUCAAACCCUGGCAGGGCAGCUGCUGCGUGUCACGCCGUCGAAUAACGUCUCAUGGAAAGUGCUAGAGAAGAACAUUCUGGCCGUACAACUUCGGUUGGAGAAGGCCCUGGAGCAUUUUGCAAGGUGUGCGGAGGUGUUUGGAUUGUCACAUGUCAUUGGUGAAUGA